AAGUGUGUCGGCUGUCGGGUUGUCGCAGCGUAGCGGGUGAGGGUGGGACGCCCAUAUCGAUCCCUGCUAUUGGCGGCCGCUGCACCAGUAGUCAGUACUCUUGAUAACCUGAUAGUGUUCGGUACAUCGUCGUCGUCGCAGAUCACCGGCGUCCUCAUGAUUGGCACCUUCUGGAACCUGUGCCGAGCUUGUCCUUCGAUGCCGGUCGACAAGCUUCACUCAGAAUACAGAAGCACAUAUCGCUGGCACGAGUACACUGGACCUAGACAAGAGAUUAUCCGCAAACCACCCCAAUCCCAGCCCCAGGGAUCGUCGGCUCCAGCUAGGUUCCCUGAUGAAGAUCUACAGAGACCUGACGCCUCGGCAGACCAACCUGCAGGGCAGGGCGGUUUCGAGCCGGCGCUACCCCGGCGCAAGAAGAACCCGGCCUUGGCAUACAAGACGCAUGAGUUUCUGGCUAUGUCUGAUGGCGUCGGGUCCAACGACUCCUUGGAUGCAAGCCUCAUCGUCGAUCGUGCUCGGUCCGAAGAACGGAGUGGCCACCGAGACAGAGGCCCUUCCCGACGUAGCAAGUCCGAAGGGCCUCCCGGAGAGUCAGAGUACCGUACUCGAUAUCUGAGCCCUAAAGCUCGUUUACGAAACAUGAACAUGCGGUGUGACUCUGAGCUAUACAACUCUGAACAGGACGCUUCCUUGGUGAUGAUAGCGACAGUUCAGCCUAGUGGGGGAGCAUUAAAGAAUGCCAUCUCUCGAAUAAGCACUGAAUACCGACUGCAGUUCGCUUGGCCGAAGGGGUCAAAGGAGAGGUCAGAAGACAAGAAUACAGGACCUCCACGAAAGUCCCUGUCCAUGGGAGCUAUCAAGCCAGCAGGGAACAUAAUGCCACUGAACACUGCCAUUGCCGCAGUUCACAAGAAGAGGAUCACUGACGCUGAUCGUAAAUUUGGGCCAGAGCUAGAACCUCUGGUUGGCUGGGGGGCGGACUCUCAGGACGAUGGAUGUAUGCAGGACGACGGAGGAGAAGAAAAGAUUCAGGAAGAAUCUCUAAGUAAAGAAGAGAAGAAACUUAGUCAAGCUGGGUUCAAUAGUGAAUACAAGAAAAAAUUCCGGCCAUUUUCUCAGUAUGAAUAUGUAGAAGGCAAAUUUAAAGCCAAGGAGAAGCCAGAGCCAUUAAUAGUUCAGGAUGGUGAUUCGUGGUACCGAGAAGUAUUGGAGCUACGCAAGAAAGCUGGAGAGUACAAACAUCGAGGAUGGGGUACGGAGCUGGUUCCUCAACACAUCGCCGAGUUGUACAACAAGCAGAUGACACUGUGGGAACAAGUCUCACGAAGAAGCUCUUUAUCAGCUCUUAGUCUGGCUUCCACUACUCCUAGAUCAAUAAGUAAAGAGGAAAAAGAAAAGGAGAAUAACAAGAAGAGUUCACCAACAAAGCCAUCCUGGUCUCGCCAAAGCCCUAGUCGGCAUAUCAGUCCACAGAAAAAGGUUGAGAAAUCAGAUGAUAAUCGGAAGGAAAGUGUCAGAUCCAGAAAGGAAGCAGGAAUUCGUCAUCAUUUUGAGAGAACUACUGGGGCAGUUGAUGGGGUGUUGUUGCAAUCACCAACCCGCGAGAAACUUGAACCUGUUAUUCCUCGACGCAAGGAAGAUAAUACCGAAGUUAGCAAGAAUGCUCAAAAAUCAAGUCACUAUACGUCAGGGAGGUCCCAGUCCGUUGGUCCCACUACCACACACUCUAGCGAGAACCGUUCACCAAAGAGAAGCGCAAGGGGUGGCCCAGCAAGCAAGGUGCAAGCUAACGGACCAAUCUCUGAGAAGAGGACGAGGCCUACCACCUUAACCACCACUGCCCCUUCCCGAACCAAAAGUAGCUCAGGUAGCAGAAGAACACCAAAAAGUGGUACACCCAGAACCGGUUUCAAAGCCAAAGAACAAGCAACCAGCGAAGCAGAAACUGUGGAGAAUGAGCCGGAAGAAACGGAACCAAUAAUUGACAUGGAGCCGGUGGUGAAGUCCCCUCCAGAACCGACCAGAGUCAAAUCUCCAGAACAGAUUUUGAUGCGUUCUCCCGAACCGGUUAACUGGACAGUUCCUCUGGACACUGGGAAAACCUUCACGGUCACACAAAAUGUUCAUGAAGCCUUACCAUAUGUGAAGUUUUGCCGAGGAGACCUGAUAACAAGGCCACACAGCGAAAUAAAAGCUUGGACCCCCCCAGCUGCGCCCCCCCUGGCUCCCCAGUCUGCUCCCCCCCAACUGCCAGAGCCUGAAGGUGAGCCUAACAGCCCCCCUCCGGAUAAAACUGACUUGUUUGAACCAGAACUGUCUGUGCCUCUUCAACAACCUGUUACAGUUUAACUUUAGCACUAAACAAAAAUGUUUUCCAUAGUAUUUAUUUUAGCCUUUGUAUUGAAUAGGAAUGAGAUUUUUAAAUGCAAAUGUCUGGUCUAGAUGAAGAGUAUUUAAGCAUUUAAAACUUGAAAAAUGAUUGCUUGGUCGAAAUAUUAUAAUGAAUUGGUCAAGUUCUUUUAAAAUUGCCAUCAUAAAGAAAUGAUUUUAGAAGUACAGUUUGGGGCAAUGAGAACUAUACAAUUUAUUUUAGCCCCCAGAUGAUAAAUAUUGCAACAAUGAGGGAACACCUGUGCUCAUAAACAAAAUUUAACGAUACCAUUUUAUUAAACACGGCGUUUUGAAACAUCGUGCUUUUGCUGUGGAAACGGUUUUUAAGAAUAAUAAUUCUUUUAUAAAAACACAGAGAUUGUAUAGGAAGUAUUACAAUAUUCAUCAAUAUUGAUCAUUUAGAUGAACGGUGUCAACCCAAAAAAAGUGUGGUGAAAGCCAUAAACCUGUUCACACACCGGCCAAUGUGGAGAGGGUACGAACCACAGUCAGUUAAAGUCUAAAGAGGUCUACCAGGAAGCAGUCCUUGGCACUUCAAGUUUCUAGGAGAUUUCUUGGAAGGAUCUUGCAUCAAGAUCUCCAUUUCUACCUGUAAAAGAUACAAGUCGUGCAAGAACUUAAUGAACCAAACAGAUACAAAGCAGCUCUACUUCCAGCAGGAUUGAACCACUGCCCUCACAGCCAUGAACACACUAAGAGACAAUUUUGAAGGUUGUUUUUGAUCUCAAGAUUUGGUGACAUAUCCUGGCCAGCUUGAUUUCCAGAUCUGUCCAUGUGUGAUUCAUUUUCAUGGGGCUACUUAAAGUAUAAGGUUUUUCAAAGUCGGCCCAGGGACCUGCUCGAAAUCAGACAGAGAAUUGCUGAAGAAGUUCAAGCGAUUCAUCAAGAAAUACUUGAAAGUGUAUUCGACAGUUUUUUUAAGCGACUCGAAGAAUGUCAACAUUUUCAAGGAAGUCACUUGAAGGGUGUUGUUUUCAAGAUAUGAAAUAAUGACUUAUCCAGGACAAAAUGGUAGAUUACCUUUGUUUUGAUGGGUUUUUUUUAUCUGUAGUGUAAGAAUUGUAGGUUUUGUGUUGUAUAGUUCUCGUUGCCCCACCAUGUAUAAGAAGCACAAGGGUUUACAUCGUACCAAAACCGAUAAAACCCCUGGAUAAAAUGUUAAAACUUGGCUUUAAAUUUCAUCAUCUAAAAAACUUGACUGUAAAUAAUUCUUUGCAGUUUAUGAAACUUAAAUCUAUGACAAAGAAUGUACUUGAUAAAUGGGCUACAAAAACACCCAUUGCAUAAAUAAAGUACAAAUUUUCUCAUCAAACUGCUGUUUUAAUCACUUUUUUGUAAAAUUACUUUUUUAGAAGUAGAAGCACAGAUGAAAUAAUAAUAAAUUAGACUUGUUUUGUCAAUGGUAUACGUAAUAUAUGUGAGCCAACAUAAUGAAUAAUCUGAACCUCUCCUUGAGUGUUGUUUACAAAUAUAUAUUGCCCAAUAAUUCUCCAGUUCACUUUUAUCAAUCAUAGAAAUCUGCAGUGUUUUUCUUUUCUAAUAAGUUUCAAGCAAUUUAAUUUAAAUUUUAUGAGAUACCAUUAUUUGCUUAUUCAGUGGAACUUAAGCGACAAACUUAUUUAUUAUACAGUAUAUUGGACAAUUUGAAAAUAAUAAUCACGAAUAAUUAAUUUGAUGCAGAUCAAAGUCCUCAAAUAAUUUUCUACCUAUGACCAAUAAUAGUAUUUAUUUUAGCUGUGGUUUGAGAUUCUUUUUUUUCUAUCUAAACUGUUUCAAGCAAGAACUAAAUUAGAUGUCAUAGUAGUGAAAUCUAUAUAGUAAGUAAAUACAAUGGCAUAUUAUAUAUUUUAUCUAUGUUAUAGUAUUAUACGAAUAAUCUUAGAAAAUGUGUUUUUAUUUGCCUUUAGGUAAAAAUUCUGUAAAUUUGAAAAUUGUUUCAGUAGUUAUUAAC